AUGUCCCAAUCCAACACUCCAGGUUUCUAUGCAGGCCCCAUCGAAUUCUUCUGGGUCCACCAAGCCUUCCUCCUCGCAGGCCUAAAAGCUCUCUCCAGCGCCACCCUCCGAGCAGACUUAAGCAACGCGCUCACAGGCACAAAACUACUAACUCACGUAGAGAAACUAUCUGCAGGGAUGGAGCACUUGAGAACUCUCGCUGGGGAGCUCCCUAUCGGUCAGAUUCGGGUUACGUAUGAUAUGCUCGAAACAAAACUGAUGGAUGUUGAUCGGGUGAUUCAAUCGGUACGAGACGGUCUGGGAGAUUUGGUUGAUCCUGUAUUGCCCAAUUCGUAUCUUGCUGAUAGAUUUGAUGAGGCGUUUAGCAUUCUGGAGGGGAUUUGGUUGGUUGAGGGUCAGAGGGGGGAUUUGGGGCUUGGGCCUGUUAGGUGGAUGGGGUAUCAGGGGAGGAUGUGGGAUCGGGAGAUUGUCGAGUCGCUGGGGCCGGCAUAUAAGUAA